AUGAUUUGGCUUUACCAACCUAUCCCUCUUUCUCUUCUUGGCUCUUCUUUUCUCUAUCUCUCUUCCUCUCGCUCUCCUUUUCUCUAUCUCUCUUCCUCUCACUCUCCUUUUCUCUAUCUCUCUUCCUCUCGCUCUCCUUUUCUCUAUCUCUCUUCCUCUCACUCUCCUUUUCUCUAUCUCUCUUCCUCUCACUCUCCUUUUCUCCUCUCUCAUUAUUACAACACUAUCUAUCUAUCUAUCUAUCUAUCUAUCUAUCUAUCUAUCUAUCUAUCUAUCUAUCUGUUAUAUACUUCCACAGCCCAAUACCAAAUGGUCCACGGUCCGAUACCAAAUGAUUCUCAGCCUGGUACUAAAUGGUCAACGACCUGCAACCAAAUAGUCCACGGCCCAGUAGCAAAUGAUCCCCGGCAUGCCUCGUACAAAAUGAUCCACGGCCCGGUAACAAAUGGUCCACGGGCCAGUACUAAAUGGUCCACGGCCCGGCACCAAAUAGUCCACGGCCCGGCACCAAAUGUUCCACAGCUACUACCAAAUUGUCCACGGCUCGAUACAAAGGUCCACGGUCAGGUACCAAAUGUUCCACAGCCGCUACCAAAUGGUCCACGGUCUAGUACCAGAUGA